AUGGCUCGCCGUAGUGGCGAGGAGCCCGUGGCCCUGCUGACGCCCGAGGAGCAAGAGCGUGAAUACAAGCCCGAUCACGACAUCGAGAGCGAUGCCGGCUCCCCAGAGCCUCUUCCCACGCAAAACCUCGACCACGAGUACUCGAUCCCCAGCACCGUCAAGUUCACCUGGCUUGGCACAUAUUUUUUUUUCUCCUUGCUCCUGACCCUCUACAACAAGCUCGUCUUGGGCAUGUUCUCCUUUCCCUGGCUGCUCACCUUUCUGCAUGCCGCUUUCGCCAGCCUCGGCACCUGCUCCAUGAUGCACAUGGGCUAUUUCAAAAUGUCGCGCUUGGGGCGCCGGGAGAACCUGGCCCUCGUCGCCUUUAGCGCCCUCUUCACCGCAAACAUUGCCCUGUCCAACCUGUCUCUGGCCAUGGUUUCCGUGCCUUUUUACCAGACCAUGCGCAUGCUGUGCCCCAUCUUCACCAUCCUCAUCUACCGCGUCUGGUACGGUCGCUCCUACAGCACCAUGACCUAUCUGUCCCUGGUCCCCCUCAUCAUCGGCGCCGCCAUGACAACUGCCGGCGAGAUGACCUUUACCGACGCCGGCUUCCUCCUUACUAUCCUCGGCGUCAUUCUCGCCGCAGUCAAGACCGUCGUAACCAACCGGUUCAUGACGGGAUCGCUGGCGCUGCCACCCCUUGAAUUCGUCAUGCGCAUGUCUCCCAUGGCCGCCCUGCAAGCCUUGGCAUGUGCCACCGUUACUGGCGAGGUCGCCGGCUUCCGAAAUCUCAUAUCCUCGGGCAACAUCUCGCUCAGUCCCGCGAUCGCCUCGCUCGCUGGCAACGGGUUCCUCGCCUUUCUCCUGAACGUUGCCUCGUUUCAGACGAACAAGCUGGCCGGUGCUUUGACGAUGACGGUGUGUGGCAACCUAAAGCAGUGCCUGACCGUCCUGAUUGGAAUCUUCUUGUUCAAAAUCUCGGUCGACGCGCUCAAUGGGGCAGGAAUGGCCGUCACCAUGCUGGGCGCCGGUGUCUACAGCAAAGCCGAACUGGAUAACAAGAAGAGGAGACGGCAAUCCGCCUACCAGGCUGUGGAACAGAAACCCCGGUAG